CGCUGUUCUCUUCCCUCUCUCGACUCUCUUCGAGUGUGUAUUGUAUUGUCGAAGUCAGAGCCCUAGCUGAUAUUUAUUGUUGUGUUGGACGUACCGCAGGCCUUGGCUUUAUUCAAUCGUGACUUGGUGACAGCCAUGGACAACCGUAACGUUGUAGUAAAUGAGGUGAUAGGCCAGCCUGAGACCAAAAAAAGGAAAAUGAUGGAUUUGCAACCCAUGCAUCAAGUCAAGCAAGAAUCAAACCUUCAAGAAGAACAAGGCCAAUCAACAUUACUACUGCCAGCGUUCAAAGAUGAGUAUAAACCUUCCACUAGUCACCAGAGUGAUGCAACAUCUCUACAAAGCAACGACGGGCAGGCCGUCCUCUGCAAACUGUGCAAUCACCAAUACAUCGACCCAAGAUUUCUUGACUGCCUUCAUAGCUUCUGUCUGAAGUGCCUUGACAAGCCUGAGGUUUACAAGACCAGCUCGGGAAAACAACUACGUUGCCCAGAUUGUCACCAGGAUACCGAUGUACCACUGAUGGGAGUGUCGGGUCUUUGCAAAGACUUCAUUGCCACUAAAUUAAUCGAAGAGCAAGGAAAACAGCUUUUGCCCCAGGGUUAUCCAACUCUUUGCCAAGCUUGCCAAGAAAAGAGAGUUGCCGUCGCUCACUGCAAGAACUGUGAAGAGUUUGUUUGCUUCACUUGCAAGAUGGCACAUCAGAGAUUCAACAAGAUGAAGUCGCAUAUAUUCCACAGUUUGGAAGAUCUAUCAUCUGGCAAGGUGCCCCUGCAGGCACAAAUGGAGAAGUGCAGACAUCACGCGGGGCAUGACCUUUGCAUGUUCUGCAUUACCUGUCAAGAGACGAUAUGUUUGAAGUGUGUGGCCUUCAAACACUGUAAGCCCAAUCACGACUAUGUUGAAAUAAAAACAGCAGCAGCAUCCUGCCGCUCUGAUAUCCUAAAGGUCUUAACACCACUGGAGCGAAAUGCUAAGAAGCUCCAAGCUGCAAAGACCUUAGCGGAACAAACCAGAAAGAAGUUGGAAUCCAAUGUGGCGGAAGUGCUUCAAAAGAUGGCAAAGAAGAAGAAGUCAGAGCUAGGAAAGCUCACCAAAAGACUUAAGAUCCUCAAGGACAAGGCAGAGUCUGUGGCAAAAGAGAGGAGUGAAGUACUAGACAAGUGCUGGGUUGCGAACACGAAUGCAACUAAAGCAGAAUUUAUCUUGAAAAGGGUAAGAAGCAUGAUCAGUGACGAAGACUGCCAUGACCUCAUCACUCUGAAGGUACAAAUCUUGAAGAACCUGAAUUGUAUUUCCAAGAAGAAAGCAGAGAGUGUCCCUCUUGAUCUAACAUUCAUUGACUUUACAGAAAGUUUAUCCAGUGGUAACAACCUUGGGGAAUUGGUCUUUGAAGAAUUAUGGGGCCUUAAGAAUGAAUUUGGAAACAACUCCGUCCUUGACAUUAAUUUUGAAUGGGUGAAGGCUGCUGUUGGCCGUUUGAACGGUGACAUGGUAGUUUUGGAUGGUCUUACCAACACAGUGGUGACAUUAACCUCAAAAGGUGUUAACAAGGGUACCAUUAAAAGCCAGGACCCUAAGGGAAUUUUCAUCAGCCCUGUCGACAUCGCCUUGUCCAGCUCGGAGCACAGUCUGGUUUUGGACUCGGCAAUAAAGGUGUUCGACAAGGAUGGGAUUUUCAUUUCCAGACUGGUGUUACCAAAAGAUGUAUCAUCGGCCAAAUGCAUGGAUGCAGGGGGCGGGAAGAUAGCCAUAGGUGACCAGGAGACGAUCAUGCUCUUUGACGAAGACGGAUCAAACCCAAUCUCCAUAUUAGCCAAGCUGAUAGACAAACACAUCGCUAUCUGCAACAAAACACAGUCCCUGAUCUACACCAACUACGAGAAGUCCCGACUGGUAUCCGUUGACUUUUCGGGAAAAGAAAAUUUUAAUGUUUCAACAGUUGUCAAUAAAAAGUCUGUGAAGCCCACUGGUGUUUGCAUUGAUAAGACUGGUGAGAUUUACAUCGCAGUGCACACUGGGUUGGAGCGGGGUACCGGUGAGAUCCACCAUUAUAGUGCAGAGGGAAGCUAUGUUGGCUUGGUGACAAAAAACUUAUACAAUCCCAUUGGAAUUUCCUUUAGCCCAAUUGGUGAGCUGAUGGUCGCAGACAGACAUUCCGUGAAGGUCUUUCAGAGGGUUUGAAGAGUUGGAAUAAAAAAAAGGGCAUUUUGUUCAGUACAGACAUGUAUCAAUUGCAUGUAAUGAGAAAAAUUGAUUAACAUAUCUGUCAUCUAUACAAGAAGUUCCCAGCUAACACAUUGCGUAGCUAAAACAUCGUGCAAUGUCUGAUAAGGUUAGCGUGUUGCGUCCGAGGGCAACGCCCUGACAAAGUCACAUGAUAGGUCAGAAUUUUUCUCUUUUUCAAAUUAAUGUUUCAAUUUGGUAGUACAGUGUUCAUUGCUUUUAAAAAUUCGACGUUACGUAUAGGUUUAAAGCAAAUGUUUUGACAACAUUGUAUUUAUAGUUAGUUGUCUUAAAAUACCAAAUAAUAAACCACAAGGGAAACUGACUGGGUGCAUUUUUAAAUGAUUUAGGGUUGAACAAAGAAAAAUUGACUAGAGCGGGAUUUGAACCAACGACCUCCGGUUUAACGUGUCUUAAAAUACUACAAAAUACGUUGUGCCGACGUACAGUAUUUAAGUUCUCUGCAACUAGCCGUUUUGCCGACGUUGUAUUUUUGUUUUCUGAACACGUAGUUUGCUGCCACGACGAUGGCUGACGUAGUAUAUAGGUUCGCUCACAAUACGUAGCCUAAUAUUUAGGUUGCCAAGGAGACGUUGUGCCGACGUACAGUAUUUAGGUUCUCAGCACACGUAAUAUUUAGGUUGCUAACAAGACGCUGUGCCGACGUAGUACGUAUUUUAGGUUCUCUCAACACUUAAUAAUUAGGCUGCCAAAGAGACGUUGUACUGACGUAGUAUUUAGGUUCUCUCAACAUGUAUUAUUUAGGUUGUUAACGAUAACAAGUAGUUUAGGUUUUCUCUACGUAAUAUUUAGGUUUGCAACAAGACCAAUAAUUGUGUCGACGUAGUAUUUAGGUUCUCUGAACGUUGUAUUUUAGUUGUCUUAAGAUAUAAAAUACGUUGUGCCGACGUAUUAAUUAGGUUCUCUCUAUACAUGUAAUAUUUAGGUUGCUAACUAGACGUAGUACUUUUGUUUUCUCACCACGGAGGGGGCCUAAUAUUUAGGUUUCUAGCAAAACGUUGUGACGACAUAGUGUUUAGGUUCUCCCAAUACGUAAUAUUUAGGUUGCCAACGAGACGUUGUGGCGACAUAGCAUGUAGGUUCUCCCAAUACGUAAUAAUUUAGGUUGCCAACGAGACGUGAGGGACGACUUAGUAUUAAUUUAGGUUCUCUGGAUCCCAAUACGUAAUAAUUUAGGUUGACAACGAGACGUUGUGACGACAUAGUGUUUAGGUUCUCCCAAUACGUAAUAAUUUAGGUUCCCAUAACAAGACGUUGUGACGACAUGGUUUAGGUUCUCCCAAUACGUAAUAAUUUAGGUUGCUAACAAGCCGUUGUGCAGGACGACAUAGUAUUUAGUUUCUCCCAAUACGUAAUACUUUAGGAUGCUAACAAGACGUUGUGACGACAUAGUAGUUAAGCUGGUUCACCACGUAGUAUUUAGAUAACUCAUAAGAAGCUAUGUCGACGUAGUAUUAGGGUUCAUUUACCACGUAGCAUUAUUAAUUGCCAAAAUGUUGUGCAGACGUAUUUUAUAUUUACUCAACACGUAGUUUGUUUGUGGGAAACAAAAGGUUGUCGCGACGUUUUGUUUUAAGUUUGUCAAAUACGUAAAACUUAGGUAUUUUACAAGACGCUCGUUCCGAGUUAGUAUGUAGGUUUGUUCAACUUGAGUUUUGCAGAUAUGUAGUUGUUUACCACGUAGUAGUUUAGGUUGCUAACAAAACAUUGUGCCGUUAGAUUUGCACAAAAAGUAAAGUGUUUAUACAUGUAUUUAUAAUUACACUAGAUACAAUGUCAAGAUGAGUGUUGUUAAUUGUAUACAUGGGGGCACCAGGUUUUUUUUUUUUACAGAGUAUUAGGCCUGCGAGCUAAAACGUCGCUCUUUUGCCGUGUCGACAUCAAAUGAUUUUCGCGCGACAAAAGUGCGGCAAUUAAAGUCACCUGGAAAUAUAUUUUUUUUUCUUUCAAACAUAAGAGUAUAUGCUUACGAACAAUAA